AUGAACAACAUCUUCAAGUACGGCUCCAUCUCGGAGAUUCCCCUCUACAACUGCAGGUACCUAACUCCUCGGGUAUUCAUUAAAUUACUGUGAUUUCAGUGGGUUGACUCCAGAGGAAUGGUCCGAAAACUUGGAGUUCGGCGGCCAGUUGCGGGCGCAUUGGGAAUAAUUUAUGGAAUAUUCAUAAACGUAAAAAUGUCAUUUUUGUGCACAAUUCAUCAUUGCUUUUAGAUGAUGUACAUUCCAAUAUUGGCAGUGAUGUUCGAAAAAGAGCACUUCAAAAUGUCCUGCUUCAAAAUCAUGAUCUUUCUCGGUAUCGUCGACAUGCUUGCCAUCUGGAUCAACUCCAUUAUAACCGGUUGGCUGGCAAUCCAAGGCGCAGUCUUCUGCACCUAUCCCAAUCUGAUUUACAUCGUCGGAAUGGCCGGCUUGGGUCUCUGGUGCUGCUCGUGCAUCAUCGCAAUGAGUCUGGUCAUCAACCGACUUCUCGAUUUGACCAGACCCCGAAUCUGCAAGAUGUUCUUCGAAGGCAACAAAACCUUUCUUGUGCUCACACUUCCCGUCAUUUACGGUCUCUACUUUGUUUUCUUCACUCCGCCCAUCAUGUUUUCCUCCAAAUACCUCACUUGGUUUUUUGAUCCGCAAAUCUUUGAGAAUCAAACUGAAGAGGUGAGGCAGAUUGGUGUCAGGCUGCUUUUAAAUGCAGCUUCCAGUACGUCAACAUCCCUCACGGCUUCAACAAUCUUCUUGUGGUCGGUGUUACCUGUCUUCUGUACACUUCCCUCUGUUGUGUUCUCGGAGAAAAGUUCAAUAUGAUUGAGGAUGUCACUAACUCGAAGGCCAAGAAUCUGGUGAAUCUAACUCAGUUACAACCAAACAGUUUGUGUUAAGAGUUUCCAAAUCUUCUUCCAAUCCUCUUUGAUCUGUGCCAUCAACCAGAUCGCUUCUGUCAUCUACGUCAUCAUGAAUUUCAUCGAAGUGCCCUCUGGCUCGUAA